AUGGAGAUCCUGGGGGUGGGAGAGCAGGAGGGUACACUGAGAUAUCUGGGCGUCCUUAUCUCCGACCGGCGCCUCCGCAGUAGGGACUGCAACUCUCUUGAGCUCAGGAUUUGGCAUAGGUUUGAGGGGCGGCAGAUGGAUGCUCUUUUUAUGAUGGGCAGAGUCACUCUGGUGAGGUCGGUACUCAGCUUGAUUCCGAUUUAUCUACUAUCCAACGCCAUUCUUCUGGUGGCUCUGCUGAGGACUCUCGAGCAGCUCUUUAGAAACUUUAUUUGGGGCAGGCGGGGGCAGAGGGGGUAUUCGUCUGUGGUCUGGGAGGUCAUCUACCAGCCUGUUAGGUGUGACAGCAUGUUCUUGGUGGCGAGGGGGGAGGCUCUUGCGGCGAGACAUGCAGCCAGAUUCAUCAUGAAACCUAACAACAUGUUGUGCACUCUUUUGAGGGCUAAGUAUGGAGCCCUCUCGGCGAUGAUGGAUGUCUAG